CGUCAAGUGUUGUUUACAUCACCGCAGCGAAUUCGCAUCACUCUGUUUCCUUAAAUUUCUUCCAGAGUGCCAAAAGGAAAUCCUUCCUUACUCGUUUCCCGAAAAAAAAAAAACGGUUUCAUAUCCUCGUGCCAAUGUCCCUCCACAUCCACCAGCCUUAGUUAGUGCAUUAAGUGAAAACCUCAAAAUCCCACAGCCAUGAGAAAGUUCCACCGUUUUUUGGUGUUCAGCAUAGCCCUGCUGAUCCUGUAUCUGGUCUAUCGGUACUCUUUUCCGGUGGACAGCGAAGGGCACUAUCUGUUUCUGAAGCCCCUGGAGAGCAGCGGCGGUGAUAGCGGUUUCCUAACGCUGCUGAAGUCUGACGAAAUGGAAGACGGAGGAAGGGAGCCGGAUCCGAAGCGGUUGGUUAAUUUGACCGAUUUCCACUUCCGGAUCGGGAACGACAUCUGCAAGGAGAACGGAAGCUACUCGGAGCUGUUGGGUGUGAUCAUGGUCACGUCCUACGUGGGAAACGACGCCCUGCGGGCAGCUCACAGGCAAGCCAUUUCCCAGCAGAAGCUGAUAUCGAUGGGUCUGCUGCGGAUAUUCUCCCUGGGCGAGAUUCCGGACCGGGAACGCUUCAUCACGCAGAAGGCCCUUCAAAGCGAGCAGGAUCUAUUUGGGGAUCUGAUUCAGGGUAGUUUCCAGGAGGCGUAUCGGAAUCUCACCUACAAGCAUGUUAUGAGCCUCAAGUGGGCCACGGAGCACUGCCGGAGGGCCAAGUUCGUGGUCAAAAUGGACGACGAUAUCGUGUUCGAUCCGUUCUUCGUGCAGAACCACUUGUCCGAUGUGGGGCAGGGGAAGGAUCAGGGAUCGCUGUUGGCGGGAUUCGUGUUCAACAAUAAGAAAGUCAUCCGACUGAAGGCCAACAAGUGGUUCGUGACGCGAGAGGAGUUCCCUCGGGACGUUUACCCGCCCUAUCUGUCCGGCUGGUUGUACAUUGCCAAUCAGCGUGCGGCCCGGGAGUUGGUCCUGCAGUCGGAGACGGUUCCCUUCUUCUGGAUCGACGACACCUACGUAACGGGGAUUCUGGCAGGCAAGGCCGGAAUCGUGCUCCAAAGCCUGAACAAGUGGUUCAGCGCCAAUUCGGAGUUUCUGGACUGCUGCAUCCGGGAUAUGAAGCGGUAUUCGUAUCAGUGCGAUUAUUAUGUAGGCCCCAAUGGGGGUAACAGUCGACUCGUGAUGGACUUUGUCCAGGAGUUGGAGCGCUGUUACGACAAUGCUUGCUACCAGCGGCCCAGUGAGAAACCGUUGACCAAGACCUGCGUGGCGGAGUAUAAGAACACGGUGCAGCAGCAGCAGCAACACGGGACGGCACUGGUUAGUAUGAUGAGACUUUGAGAUUGUAACGAAAGCAUCGAAUUGGUGUGCCAUCAACUCAACAUUAAAGCAUUCCCCUGAGCACUAAUCGGUAGAUUUAGGUAAAACUUCAAGGUCCCCGCCUUCCAUUCCAACUCUGGAUGCCAUUCAUUUGCAAAAGAAUUGUAUUUUUAACAUAAGUGCUUACAAACAGCAAAACUGCCAUUAGGUUUCUAGGUGAUAUGAGCGAAAGUAACGAAAGUAUUUUUACAUCAAACUGUGAUAAGCCAUAGUUGAAUAUUGAGUUUUAUUUCCCAACUAGAAUACGUGAAGAUUCAGAUCUUGAUCAGACUAUAUGUAUAUUUUUGGUAACCGGUUACCAUAUUCUUAAAAGUACCAAUCACACUGCACGAUGAAAACCUCCGAAUCAGAUCGUUCCAAUUGUUGUGAGCUGUCGUGAAA